AGCCCCUCUAGCCCCAAACCCGGCCCGUCUAGCGCAUGCUACGAGCUUCAUGCUACGAGCUUGUAGCAUGCUACUGAGAGCUUGCUAGCGCCCGUGCCUCACCCUGGUACACUGAAAAGGCGCAUUGCUCGUCCAGUGAAGCUCCGUCGAGAAGGAACACCAUGCUGCCCGACGACGCGACCGUCGCGGAGGAGCACCUCCUUACCUUCUCCACGCGCUGCCCCGACGUCCGGACCCUUCACUUUUGCGUCGACCGAUGCGCGACGGCGCCGCGGGCGACGCGUGCUCCACGCAGGCGCCUGGAGACGAGCCCCGUCGGGCGGCAGGUCUCCUCGAGGCUGCGGUCCGGCUCCGCGUUCACAUUCUACGGCCCCGCGGGCGCGGCCUACGACCCCCAGAAAUCACAUAAGGUCGUCAAGUUCGGCGGGCCCCACGCCAAAGUCAGCACGCUCAGCCCCGGGCCCGCCAAGUACGACCCCUCCCAGAUCGCGCUGCACCAGGUCUCCACCCAGCGCCGCGCGCCGUCGUCGCACAUCUUCAGCCGCCAGAGCGCCUGGAACGCGGAGCAGGUCCGGCGCCUCAACCGGCAUCGGGCACGACAGCAAGAUUUACCUUCGGCCGGCGACCUGCACACGAUGGCCCUCGAGACCAAGAUUUUACAAAAACAGUACCCGCGCUGCCAUUUCGCGCGGCAGUCGACGCACCGACCCUUCUUCACACCCCUGGAGAACUCGGCGCGGUUCAUGGGCGCGAUCACGAAGCAGCGCGAGCGCGCGCUCGCGCUCCGGGCCGAGCGCGUCCGAAAAGCCCGCGCGGCCGCCGGGCUCGAAGCGCCGUAGUUCCCUAAGGCGGGGGGGGGCAUGCCGACUCCCGGCGACUAGGACUAGUGGGCCUACUCGGCACCGGCGUACCGGUAGGUAACAUGUUGAUGAUAUAA